AAAAUAAAAUUAAAAAAAAGCAAGGCGAGAGCGGCGUUUGCUUCCACGACUGGCGAGCCAGACCGCCGCCUUUCUUGCACCUCUGCGCUCGUCCAGGAGAAGAGGAGCGAAGAACCGGCUCGGCUCCAGAUUCAGGGGACAAGAGGCGGGCGCCGAAGUCCAGGAGCCCGGCGUCGAAGGAAGGGCCGAAGCUCUCCAUUAGCCGGAGCCGCGGAGGAGAAGAGGCGACUCGGCCCAGGAGCCCGCCCGGCCGCCUCCAUGUUUCAGCUGCCCAUCCUCAACUUCAGCCCGCAGCAAGUGGCCGGCGUGUGCGAGACGCUGGAGGAGAGCGGCGACGUGGAGCGCCUGGGGCGCUUCCUGUGGUCGCUGCCGGUGGCGCCGGCGGCGUGCGAGGCGCUCAACCGGAACGAGUCGGUCCUCCGCGCGCGCGCCAUCGUGGCCUUCCACGGCGGCAACUACCGCGAGCUCUACCACAUUCUGGAAAGCCACAAGUUCCCCAAAGAGUCGCACGCCAAGCUGCAGGCGCUCUGGCUCGAGGCGCACUACCAGGAGGCCGAGAAGCUCCGCGGCCGGCCCCUGGGCCCCGUCGACAAGUACCGCGUGCGCAAGAAGUUCCCCCUGCCCCGCACCAUCUGGGACGGCGAGCAGAAGACGCACUGCUUCAAGGAGCGCACCCGGCACCUGCUCCGCGAAUGGUACCUGCAGGACCCUUACCCCAACCCCAGCAAAAAGCGCGAGCUGGCCCAGGCCACGGGACUCACCCCCACGCAGGUGGGCAACUGGUUCAAAAACCGGCGCCAAAGGGACCGGGCCGCCGCCGCCAAGAACAGGCUCCAGCAACAAGGCCUCUCCUCCCAGGGUGCGGGGCGGUCGCUGCCGUCGGAGGAAGAGAGCGCGGGCGAACCGCCGCUCGGCGCCGCCGCCAGUCCCGCCGCCAGCCUAUCCAGUAAAGCCGCCGCUUCCUCGGCCAUCUCCAUCACCUCCAGUGACAGCGAAGGCGACCUGUGAGCAGUAGAAAAAGGCCCCGCCGAACCUGCGAGGAUUACAGCGCGGAGGCUGCGGGCCGAGGAGGGACCUGGCGAGGACGCAGCGAUACCCCGAGGGCGGCCCCCGAAACGUUACAAGGCCAGCCCUCUUCGCUCGCCGGCUUCAGCUCUUGGCCUUGUCCGCAGUCCGCACCUGAGAAACCCCGGCAACAGGCCCUGCCGAGAGAAAGACUCCGAAGCCUUGAAUUCUUCAAGCAGGAGCUAUUGGAAGGUGUGGAAUCAAACAACGGGCGCGCGGGUCGUAGAAAGAGUGACAGACCUGCGUCGCCUACUGGAAUCUAUUAUUUUCCCUCUCGGAAUAUCCGACUGCAAAGACAGUGAUUUUUGUUUAUUUUGUUUAUAUAUAUAUAUAUAAAUAUAAAUAUUUUAUAUAAUGUUUAUUGAGUUAUUUAAAUUGCUCCAUUGGUAGAUUGUCUUAUUUGGUGACCCUAAUCAUUAUUAAUAUUGUUAUUAUAUGGGGCGGUGCCUAUGUGAAUAACUGACACUGUAUUUCAUUUCCUCCAUUUGUGGAGCAUGUGCAGGAUCUGAUAUUGUAUGGAGAAGAAGGGCAGCCAGAAAACGGAAAGAACAAAUUAAACCAGUAUAGUAAUAUAUUUGGUGAGCAAAAUAAAUUCUGCUAUUCCCUUCAUUGUGUUAAAAAUUCUUAAUCUUGGAAAGAACAGUAUUGAGAAGGGUGGGUCAGUAACAACAUGAGAAAGGUAGCUAAGAACAAUAUCUGGCAAGAGGGAAUUUGCAAAACAACUGUGUUUGCAAUUUACUUUAUUCAUUAUUAAUUGUCUCAUUGAGGCUAUUCAAUCAAUUCUUUUAUGGAUUCAUUCAAUGCAAAAUUAUAUACUAGCCAUAGGGACUGACUUUGCAGAAACACAGCCACAAUACAAUGUGGAAGACCAGUGCAUUCACUUAUUUUGUUGAGCACACAGCUAGUAGAUAGUAGAUCCUUUUCCUAUUUAAGUAACACUUGUUCACUUGGUGACUUGGUGGUUGGAAGUUCAUUUAUAAAGAAAAUUAUUGCUCCGUGGUUAUUGCUGAGUCCUCCCCGCCACUGCCCAGGAUUUUAUGAUUUAGGAAUAAAAUGAUCUUACCAGCCAGAUUGAACCAGAGAUAAAAGAAGAGAAGAAAAGAGAAGGAGGGAACAGAAAUGCAUUUACAUUUAAAAAAAACAAAGCUAAGUAAAUCUUUUAGCAUCUUGGAAAGAGGCUACAAUCCAUUUUAGCAUAUUACUUGCAAUAAGCCCCCUUAAGUCAAUAGGAUAUUCAACCUCUAAGUAAUCAUGCCUAGGUUUGGAAUAUAUAUAUAUGAGAAAUAUAUAUAUAUAUUCCAAGGAAAGGGGUAGAUGUGAUGAUAGUCUUUUCACUUUCAGAUUCCUAAAUCCCAAUUAUAUGAAAUAGUCCUUAAGAGCAGGGUUACAAAAUUAAUCCUUCUAAAUACUAUAAAAUAUAAUCCCUUAUCUUUUCAGUAUGGAAAAUGAUACAGAAUUGCAGCUGUACUUCCUUUUCUGUAAAAACUUUUCCAUGGCUAUUGAGAAAAAAAAAUUAACCUGGCCAAUAUCAAGAUCCAGGUAUUUUCUGUUAUUCAUUUCAGGGUUUAAUAGGUAUUAACCUGAAAAAUGCAUGGACCACUUUAAAAAUAUGCUACAUAAAUAUGGUAUACAGUGUGAUUUACUGUAUACUCUUAUCUAUUUAGCAAAAUUAAUACUAUAUUGUGUUUCAUGCUUCAAUAGUUUUUCUAUGUACUAACUGCAUAGGAUCAGUCCAGGGAACGGUACAAUCCUAUGACCAUGGGAUCCUAAGUAUAUGUACUCAAGAAAAGCAAAUGCAACUCACCCUGAAGUAGGUAAGUGUAGGAUUGCAGCAUUACUUGUAAGUGUCUUUGAAGUAUUGUAACUUCCUUCCAUGUAAGCCUACAUAAAAUAGGGUUGUACCAUCAGAUACAAAGCAUCAAUCUUUAAAAUCAAGCUUUUAUUUUCAUUCAAAGAUAAAGCGUGUUGCUGCUCCCCAUUGCCCACCCUAUACAUUAUUCUUGCUAAUGUUAAAAAGUGAUACUGGUUUUAUUGUAUUUCUAUUCUGUUCCUUUUCCCCUCCACUUUGGAAUUAAAAUUUCAUGAGGCAGAACCUGAGUGUCCCCAUUCAGGCUAUGUUCUAAUGCUGUGCUUCUUUAUUGGAACAAGGAGCUGAUUCUAUAACACUUACCAGGGCCUUUUAAUGAAUGAGCAUGUUUGUGAGCUGCUAGAUAUUUACCUAGGUUCACAACUCCAUUGAGACAAACUCCUCAAUUUUUUUUAAUCUGCUGUGGGUCAGACUAAGACAGGUAGGCAACCUUGGCUCUUUUAUGACUAGUGGACUUCAAUUCCCAGAAUUCCUGAGCCAGCCAUGCUGACCCAUGCUAGUUCAGGAAUUCUGGGAGUUGAAAUCCACGAGUCAUAAAAGAGUUGCCUACCCCUGGACUAAGAGGUGCAGGCAGGCAGGAACCCUGCAAAUGCUUGCCUGGCUUGUUGGGUAGAUCCCCCCACUGCCUAACAGGCCCGAGAUUUGGUGAAAGAAAGCAAAAGGCCUUUAGCAGGAACACCAGCUAAGCUGCUUUAGUGUGUGUGGGUUUUCUCCUUCCCCAGCCAAAGGGAUUUUAUACCAUUACAGAGUUUGAGCACUGAUCUUUAAAUCACUUGAGCUGUGCUGUUUCAGUCUUGUUUUUCUGUGGCGUUUUUUUUUCCCAAAAAUAAGCUGAUUGCUUGCAGUUUGAUUUCUUUUCGCUGGGAAAAUAUGGAAGAAAUGACAGGCAGGGUACAGAGCCAGGUCUUUUAGAGAGGUUACUGGAAAGCUAUUGCUUAGAAGGCAAUGUUGUAUAUUCUAAUAUUCCCCCACUUACUUGGAAAUAAAUUUCAUUAUUAUUCAGAUGUUUCAGUUCUGUUUCUGGGGACUGAAUUGCCGUAUCACUCUGCUACUGCCAGUAAAAGGCUACAGGCCAGCUAAAACGGGUUGCCCAUGUAUCAGUCAGAACCUCUCUUUUCUUUUUAAUUUAAAGAAAACAGAAGGUAGCAAGCUGGAA